CGGCGGUCUUGGUUGUCGCCUAUGAUUCUGACUACUACCACCGUAACAGUAGGCACUACCUUGUUCGCUUCCACUGCACCAACUGGCUUGCGGAAACAAAUCAAUCCAUCCUUUCCUCAUUUCAAUUCCUCAACUCUUCCUGAACACCGACCUAGAGAACUACCUUAUCAUCUCUCGUGCAAGUCUCCAGCGCAAUCCCUAGCUGUUGUCCAGUCCCACCGACCUCCAGGACUGCCAGCGCCAGCGCCCGCAUCUGUCACGCUCGCUCCGUAAGAUUCCCCUGCAGCAGUGGUCAACAACCACCCUUCGAGUUCAAGUUUCUCAACUUCACCCCCCUCCCGCAGCAAACCAUGUCGUGGCAAGCCUACGUUGAUCAAAGCCUCAUCGGCACCGGCCACGUCGACCAAGCCGCCAUCUUCAACGCCGAAGGCACAUCCGUGUGGGCGACGUCCCCAAACUUCAACAUCACACCGCAGGAACUGCAAGAGGUGGUCGGCGCCUACAAAGACACUUCGGUACCCAAGCAGGUGCAAACUAAAGGACUGCAUAUCGCGGGCAAGAAAUACUUUGUCAUCAAGGCCGAUGAUACGAGUCUUUAUGGAAAGCUGGGACGAGAAGGUGUCGUGAUUGUCAAGACGAAGCAAGCCCUCCUUAUCACUCAUUACCCCGAGACAGUACAACCUGGCACGGCUGCCAACACGGUGGAAAAGCUCGGCGCAUAUCUAGUUAGUGUGGGGUACUGAAGCCCAAGAUGCUGUGGCAGUGCGUAACAAGAGCCGGUACCCGAUCCGAUCUACUGCAGCUAUAGCGGUCCGGUGCAGCGAGAGAAGAGUGGCAGAUGGACGCUAUUUCCCUUCUUCAACGAUAAAAGAAUAAAAUGAAAUCGAUGACCCCUUGAAAUGACGAGAAAUAUAACCUAUGCAAUGGGCAUUCAACGGCGCUCUUGUUUCUGAAGAUUUGGGCCCGGGUAGUAACUAGUUCACGUUCAUGCUACCAAUUCUUCUAGGGCAGGUCUCGCCUGGGAACGGAUAGAAAGGCGUGCUCUUGGCUGCCUGCCUCAGAGCUGUGAAUUGUCCCUCCCGCCAUGUCAUGCAGUGUAUUUCUUUACUGUGACCGUAUCGUGGCUGUUUGUGACCGCGCCAGUGCAUUGAUUGAUGGAAAAGAAAAUACGUCCUGCAUGGAAGGAGCCUACCUCGCGGUCCCAGGGGGCAAAAGAUAUGGUUGCCGC